GGGCUCGCGGAGACCCCCCGGGGGCGCCGGAAGGGGCGCGCGGGGCGGUUGGCCGCACCGGGGGCGGUGGCCGUUGGCCAGCAGCGGCCUGGACCAGGCGAAGUCAGGCGUCUGGCCGGGCUGUGGCCACCAUGACCAAAGACUCGCCCAGCCCUUCGAGAGGCGGCCGCGCGACACCCAAGAAGCCGGGUAGUCCGGGUCCGUCCGCGGCGGUCCUGGAGGAGCAAAGGCGGGAGCUGGAGAAGCUGCGGGUCGAGCUGGAGACUGAGCGGGCGCGCGGGCGGGCGGAGAGGCAGCGCUUCGCGUCGCAGGCGCGCCAGCUGCGGGAGGCGGCCGAGCGGGAGCGGCAGCAGCUGGUGGACCAUCUGCGCUCCAAGUGGGAGGCUCAGCGCGGCCGGGAGCUGCGGCAGCUGCAGGAGGACGUGCUGCGGGAGCGGGAGGCCGAGAUCCGGCAGCUGCUGCGCUGGAAGGAGGCCGAGAUGCGGCAGCUGCGGCAGCUGCUGCACCGCGAGCGCGACGGCGUCAUGCGCCAGGCCCGGGAGCUGCAGCGCCAGCUGGCCGAGGAGUUGGUGAACCGUGGCUACUGUGGCCGCGCGGGGGCGCCCGAGGUCGCUGCUGCUCAGUGCCGCUGCCGCCUGCAGGAAGUGCUGGCACAGCUUCGCUGGGAAACCGACGGCGAGCAGGCUUCGCGCAUCCGGCACCUGCAGGCGGCGCUCGACGUGGAGCGCCAGCUCUUCCUCAAGUACAUCCUAGAGCACUUCCGCUGGCAUCCCGCUUUGCCCGGCUCCCUCGACCCCCAAGCCGUUCACUCUUCGGAAGGGCCGCCCCCCCAUACCGCCGACGACUCCCGCGGGCCCCCAAAGUCCGUCUGUAGACUCGAAUCCCUGAAUGCUGACAGCCUGAGCGCUGGCGUCCGCCUGCGCUCCCGCUCCCUGGACGUGGUGCGGGCCGGGUGCUCCACCUCCCUAAACAGGCUGCUCCACACGCGCGCCAGCUCUCUCGACUCCUUGGCAUCAGCGCGUAGCCGCUCGCUCGACAGCACCCUCAUUUGCCCCAAGGCCCCCGAAUCCGAGGAGCGGGCCUCCACGCCGGACGCCUCCAUCUUAGGCUCCCCGAGUCCCCCGCCGCCGCCAUCGGAGCACAAGAGACCCAGCGAUACGCCAGAAGACUCCGGGAGCCAGCCCUGCGAAGCCCUGAGCCCCUCGCCGCCGGGUCUGGACUACCAGGAGCUGGUGAAGCAGAACUCGGAACUGUCCGAGGCGUUGCAGGCGCUGGCGCGCCGCUGCUCUGGCCUCCGGGAGGAGAACACGCAGCUGCGGCGCGCAGGCUUCCAGGACAAGUCCGACGAGAAGGUGAAGCGGCUCAAGGUGAAGCAAGCGAAGCUUACGGGCCUCGCGCGGCGCCUAGAGGACAGAGCCCGAAAGCUGCAAGAAACCAACCUGCGGGCUGUGAGCGCGCCUGUGCCGGGCGAGAGCCGCGCUGGCCUGGAGCUGUGCCAGGCCUUUUCCCGCCAGCGCGCCCGGGACUUGUCCGAGCAGGCGAGCGCGCUGCUGGCCAAGGACAAGCAGAUAGAAGAGCUGCGACAGGAGUGCCACUUGCUGCAGGCGCGCGUCGCCUCGGGCUUCGGCAGCGUCCCGCACGCUGGCGGGGGUGCCGCCCAAGCCCAGUGGCUCAACAUCCGCGAGUUGGACCGGCUGCAGCGCGAGUCCCAGCGGGAGGUGCUGCGCCUGCAGAGACAGUUGACGCGGCAGCAGGCCGCCAGCAGCGCCCGAGCGGAGGCGGACUUCCAGGGCGCACCCAGCGAGGAGGCGCGGCGCCAGGUGCAGGCCCUGGAGCUCGAGCUGGGCGCGCGGCGGCGGGAGUGCGAGGAGCUGGGCGCCCAGGCGGCGGCGGCGCGGCGGCGCGGCGACGAGGCUGAGGCGCAGCUGCAGGCGGCGCUCCGCGAGGGAGCCUGGCUGGCUCAGGAGAACGCGCGGUUGCAGGCCCAGGCCGACUGGACGCGGAAGGUGGCGGCCGAGAACGACGAUGUGCGCGGGCAGCUGGGCCGCGCGUGCCAGGAGCGCGACGCCGCCGGCCUACUGGCCGAGCAGCUGCUGCAGCAGGCAGCGCGCGGGCAGGACAGGCAGCAACAGCUGCACCACGACCUGCAGAAGGCCCUGCACGAUCUGCAGGCUGCCCGGGAGGAGAUGCUAGCGCUGCAGUGUCAGCCUGCCUACCCUCCCCAGGAACCCCAGGAGGCCCCCCAAACCCCCGGGUCUCAGGUUAGAGAUAGUGGAAGGACCGAGUUCCAGCCGGAGCCUGCAGGCCAAGCAUCUUCACAGCCCGGCAGAGACAAUCGGGAGAAUCAGGAAGCUUCUCAGCCGGAAAGUCCAGUUGCCAUCGGCAAGCCAGCCAGUGCCGCUCAAGUGCCUGACAGAGUCCUCCCAGCCAGUCGACCUCUGGACUCCAGGUACCAAGCCAAGAAAACUAGCUCCCAGUCGAACUCUUCCUCUGAGGUGGAGUCCAUGUGGGCCACCGUGCACUCUUGUCCUGCUCUGGACGUGGACACAGCCAGCAAGGUGGAGGAUCUGGAGCCUGACAGUGUGUACUCCACCUUGGAAGUGGGGGGCUCAGAGGCCCCCCUGGCCCCCAAGCUCAAGAUCUUUCUGGCUCGGUAUAGCUACAAUCCUUUUAAGGGGCCUAAUGAGCACCCUGAGAGUGAGCUACCCCUCACAGCUGGGGAUUAUGUGUAUAUCUUCGGGGACAUGGAUGAAGACGGCUUUUAUGAAGGGGAGCUUGAGGACGGCCGACGAGGGCUGGUGCCCUCCAACCUGGUGGAGCAGGUUGCAGACAGUGACAUCCUGGACUGUCCACCCCUCAGAUCCCCUGACUUUGGCCCCACUCAACUCCCAUCUGGACAGGGCAAGUGUCCAAAGGAAGACACUGGGCACGGCUUCUUGCCUGGGAAAGCCCAGGGAGAUAUGGACAAGGGGCCAUGCCAGAUGGUGGGAGCAGGCUCCAAGGCAGAAGUGGCCAUGGAGAUCUCAGAUGCCAAGACAGAAGACAGCUGGCUGGGUGCACUGCAGUGUGUGAAGGAGAGGGGCUUCUCCAGACCCUUUCUAGGGGCCAGAGGGGCUCUUUGCACGGCCCCCAUGCAACUACACCUGCAAAGUGUUGCAGCCACAUCGGCCAAGAUUGCCUGGGUCUACAGCAGCAGCCACCUCCACGUGGUGUAUCUCAAUGGCCAGGAGCACGCCAUGACCCCCGCAGGUGUGAGCUGCUACACCUUCCAUGGCCUGCAUCCUGGAACACGGUACCAGGCCCGCGUGGAGGUGCAGCUGUCGUGGGAUUCACUGCAGGUGCACUGGGAAACGUCCUCUACCCUCACCUUUGACACACCCCUGGCAGGACCCCCUGACCCUCCACUGGAUGUGCUGGUGGAGCGCCAUGCCUCACCAGGCCUCCUGGUGGUCAGCUGGCUCCCUGUAACCAUUGACUCUGCUGGGUCCUCCAAUGGAGUCCAGGUCACGGGCUACGCGGUGUAUGCUGAUGGGCUCAAGGUUGCGGAGGUUGCUGAUGCCACUGCUGGGAGCACCCUGUUGGAAUAUUCCCAGCUCCAGCUGCCCCUGAUGUGCCAGAAUGUCUCAGUGAGAACCAUGUCGCUUUGUGGUGAGUCCCUGGAUUCGGUGCCAGCCCAGAUCCCUCAGGACUGUUUCACCUGUCACCAAUUGCCAGAGACUUCCUUUAGCUACCCCUGUGGUGACCCAUCUACCUGCAGAGUCACUGUCCCCAUCUGUUCUCAGAGGCUGGCGCUGGCUCCCCUGAGUGCCACAACCGGCCCCCACACUCCUGGAAGCUGCGGAGAGCCCCAGGCCGAGUUUCUAGAAGCCUUCCCUGAAGAACCCCCAAGGAGGCAAUCCCCAAUGUCCAAACUGAGUCCAGAAAGAGAAUGUGCAAGUGCAGGAUGUGGCAGCCAAGCCCAGGGGCCUACCGACGCCAAAGAGGUCUGCAGAAAGGACCUGCUCUUUCAGCAGAGUUCCCCCAACCACACACCCCCUCUGCCCAGUGACCAGUCAAGGGAAGAAGACCACUACUGGCACAUGGGCCCCAGACAAAGCCCUGCUUCGGGAGUCAUCCAUCUGUUUCCGGAGCGCGGGCUCAACAAAGAAUCUUAUCAGGGAAAGGCUGCCCUUGAGAAGGUCCUUAGGCAAAAGCAAGAUACCCAAGUGCUGGUCCCUCCCCAGCUGGACACCAGCCAACUGUCUGUGUCCGACUUCCAUGACACUUUGCAGGAGGAGGCGGCGGUGUGCUUUAGUCCAUGGGGCACAAAGAGGCGAGCGCAGAGAAAGGAGUUUAGGACCCAGAAUGGGAGAGGUCAGGCUCUGGGGGGCAAGAGAAUGUGCCAGCUCCCAGAGUCCAGCCCUGCACUUUGUCCAGCUCCGUCCAGCAAAGUCAUUAAGAUGCCCAGGGGUGGCCCGUCGCCACUGGGGACAGGGGUGGACACUGUGGUCAGGGUCUUUGUGGCCCUCUUUGAUUACGACCCUCUGGUGAUGUCUGCCAACCCCGAGGUUGCAGAGGAGAAGCUGGCCUUCCAGAAAGGGCAGUUGCUGAGAGUGUGGGGCUCUCAGGACCCCUGUGGCUUCUACCAUGGCGAAUGCAAUGGGCAAGUGGGCAACAUACCUGGGCACCUGGUGGCUGAGGUGAAGGUGGACACAGAGCAGAUUGAUGGGAGGUGGCAUUUGCCAGUGCAAGGGUACCUGCCCCCUGUGGCCCACUUAGAUGAAUUUGGGGGCCUCACCAGCCCCCAGGGCUCCUUUCUUAUGCCCCAAGGAAACCCCAGGAUGUCAUCACUGUGGACUCCAACAACCAUGAUGGCAGCUUUGGACUAUGACCCCAAGGAUGGGCGAGCAGGAGGCCAGGUGAAGGACAAGCUGUCACUGAGGGCAGGGGAUGUGGUCACAGUCUACGGGCCUGUGGAUGACAAGGGAUUCUAUUAUGGGGAGUCAGGUGGUCACAGGGGCCUGGUCCCAGCCCACCUGCUGGAUCACCUUUCCCUCCAUGGAGAGUGAGCAAGGCUCCCGCCGGGGUGGUGGCCCCUGGCCACCCACGUCCCGCCAGAGGAGAAGCAAGCACUGGGACCCUAGCUCCAGCACCCCUCCUCACCUCCGUGAGCAAGCACUUGCUCCAAGCAUCAUUGUGGCAAACUGACGGCAGUCCCUGGGUGUCCCCUAGCCUCUGAGAGGAGCAGGGCUUAAGUCUGAACUGAGCUGUUGCCCCAAAGAAAACAGAACAAGCAGCCCGUGAGAGUCCAACAGGCUGUUUUGGAGUUGUCAGUGACCAUGACGGUGUUUGGAGAAGUGCCUUUUUCUGUGCUCAGUAUGCGUUUUCUCUAGGAAUUUCUUUAGGAGUUUCCUCAUCCAUUGCCUUGUAUGAAAGUCUCAAGAAAAGCGUGCCUCUUAAAAAAAAAAAAAGUGACCAGAAUGUUAUUUUUCUAUCUUUUGUUCAACCCCUCAUUAAAAUGUUCAUAGAAAAAAGAAAAAUAAUACUUU